UAAUUUCUUCGAUAUCUUAAAAUGAACUAACUUAGAAUAUGAAUUAAGAUUUUAUAAUACGUAUUUGUUUUAGAUUUAGUAAGAAAAUGGUUUUCAUUACUGAUUUAAGUGAAUAUGUUCUUCUAGAAAUAUUUAAGUACUGCAAUGACAGUGAUUUAGAAAAUUUAUAUCUAACAUGCACUUUAUUUCGGAAUGUUAUUGAAGAUAGAGUUUACAAAAUUCGAGCAAGGAAUCUAUUACUAACUGGAUAUGGUGAUGGUGUUCGUAAUAUUCAGAAUUUAAUAAGAACUUACCAAAAUCUUUCUUUCAAAGAUCGUAUUAUGAUUUCUUCCAACUGGAUCAAUGGUCGAUAUAAGGAGUACACAUACUUUCACCACAGAAAGUUUUUUGCAUCAAAAAUAUUUUUAGAAUUUUCAAAUUUUUAUAUGUCCCAUGGUGAAUUUAUUCGUAUUUACAAGCGUUUGAAACACGAACCACUUCAGCGCAGGUAUGCUAUCGAAAUUAGUUCGAAGGUAUCAAAAUCAGACAUAGCAGCUUUUGUAAAAAAGGGUGAUAGUUUAUUUGUAAUUCAAACUUGUGGCAAUUGUUUUCUAUAUGAAUCUGGGGAAAUUUUAGCAGAACAACGUUUACAUGAUGUAACAGAAUAUUUGACAUGCCUUGAUUAUGAUGGAAAGCAACAUUUUAUAACAAGUUCCGAGAAAACAACAAAAUUGUGGGAGAAGGAUGUAGAAUUAGGUUUGGUAAGCUUUGAGCUUAUAAGGAAUAUUGAUAACUAUUUUAAAUGUUUAAAAUUCUCUGAUGACGGAGCGAAAAUCUACGGCGGUUUGUACACAGAUUAUGGACGCAAAGCUCUUCGUGAGAUUGAUGUGGAAACAGGAUUGAUAUAUUCUUUAAAUUCCAAAUCGCUUUCUAUUUAUGAUUUAAAAAUAAAAGAUGAAUACACAUUACUUUCUGCACAUUUUGAUACAACUUUUCGAUUGUUUGACAGAAGGACGAACAAGGAUGAACAUAUUUGGAUAGACCCUUAUGAUUCAUCCAUUUAUUGCCUUGAAUAUGACGGAUUGUACGGUGUACUUUGCGGAAUGAAAUAUCAUAGCCGAGUUAACUUAUAUGACAUUCGAAUGCCAAAAACUUUUGUACAAAUGUAUUUUGCUUUAACAAAAAGGAGUUGUGGUUCACCAGUUUAUAGCAUAACAUGCGAUUCACAAUAUCUAUUUAUUUCCAGAGAUAAUGAUUUAAGAGUAUUUGAUUUUAGUGCUAGCUGGGCGCCUUCUAAAGAUUAUACAAUUUGUUUUAAUUAAUAAAAAAUGUUACUCAAUCAUAAAAAAAUGUACAUAAAUACAUAAUAUAUGUAUGUAUAUUGAAUGUAGAAUAAUUUUUUUGUUUUGUGGAAAAGAAAAGACAAAAGUAAUAUGUUUUAGAUUGAUUAAUAAUAUGUAUCAGCAUAUAUACUUUGUAUUAUUAAAAAAUUUUAAUUUAUUAGUUUAGUAUCUAUAAAUUGUAUAUUGCUAAUUUAAUCCGCCUAUGAUGUACGUAGGUAAAAAUAAAAAAAGUACAUAUUUAUUAUCAAAUUAAAAAUGCAUAAAAAAUAAUUUCAUCCCUAAUUUUAAAAGUUAGCAUUUUAUAAAAAAAGAUAGUUUAUAUAAAAAUAGAUUUUAAAAUUUUCAGAAAAAAAAUGUUUGGAUCAAAUGCGUUAUGUAAUAAAUAAAAAUUGUAAAUACAACCUUAAUUUAAUAUUUUAUGUUUAAGAAGAUAAAUUUAGCUAAACUCAGCCCUUAUUAGUGAAUUUUUUUUGAUUUACUGAAAAGAACUUGAAUGAUGAACAUUCUAAGUAAUACUACUUGUUAGUGCAAUAUAAAGAAUAUGUUCCGCUAUUAGUUUAAGUAAAAAAUUUAUUUGUGUGGUUUU